AUGAUGAAUAAUUUAAUAAGAUGUGGUUGGUUAAAUGAAGACCCUAUUUACAUAAAUUAUCACGAUUUAGAAUGGGGUAGACCAGAGUAUGAUAGUAUCCGCCUUUUUGAAUUAAUUUGCCUUGAAGGACAGCAGGCUGGCCUUUCAUGGAUAACAAUUUUGAAAAAAAGGGACAGCUAUCGCAAACUCUUUUGUAAUUUUGAUCCUCAUGAAAUUGUCAAGUUAAAUUUAAAUUAUAUUGAGUCUUUAUAUAAUAAUCCUGAAAUUGUAAGGCAUAAAGGUAAAAUUCAAUCAAUAAUUAAUAAUGCUCAAUGCUUUAUUAAAAUGAAAAACAAUGGAGAAGACUUCUCCAGGUUUAUAUGGAGUUCUGUGGAUAAUAAAACUAUUGUUAAUAAUUGGAAAAAUGAAAGGGAUGUCCCGACACAAACAAAAGAAUCUAUUGCUCUUUCUAAAUCAUUAAAAAAGCUUGGAUUUACAUAUGUGGGCCCAACAAUAUGUUAUGCAUUCAUGCAAGCUUCUGGUUUAGUGAAUGAUCAUGUUAUUGAUUGUUUCUGUAGGGAAUCAUUAGCAUCCGAAAAACAUACAUGA